UCCAUCUAUCGAUAUGUCGAUUUCUCGAUGUGUACACGUUUGUGAUUCACGUGGAACAUAACCUAUCGUUAAAUGCCACGUACUGUUUAUCCGGACUACGCGUAGAAUGUCUAGAACAACAUUUUUCUGUUUAUCGUGAUAGUGACCGAUGAUCGAAAGGGUAACGGUACUCGUGGCUAGUCUGUUAUAUCGGCGCGCGUCUAGUUACAAUGGCUUCCUCGAAACGUUUCAAACUGUUUUUUUGCGCCGUCGGUAUUUUUGUAUGUUAUUUUCACUUUGCCAUGUUACAAGAGAAAAUCACACGAGGACAAUAUGGAGAUGAAAAGAAUAGUGAAAAAUUUACUUACACGUUUAGUUUGGUCUUUUUCCAAUGUUUAGUCAAUUAUUUAUUUGCUAAGACAACGUUAUUAACGAUUAUGAAACAGGGCGAGGAUACUACUCCGAGAACCUAUUACUCGCUAUCCGCUCUCACGUAUUUGCUUGGUAUGGUAUGCAGUAAUAUGGCGUUGCAAUUUGUUAGUUAUCCAACACAAGUGAUUGGAAAAGCUGGUAAACCAAUUCCCGUGAUGAUACUUGGUGUAUUACUGGGAAACAAGAUAUAUCCAGUUAGAAAGUACUUGUUCAUCUUCUUAGUGGUCAUCGGCGUAGCUUUAUUUAUGUACAAAGAUGCAAAUCCAGGGAAGAAGCAGUACGAAGGACAAGCAGCCUUUGGAGAAUUACUGUUACUGAUGUCGCUAAUAAUGGACGGUUUAACCAGCGCCAUACAAGAACGAAUGCAGGCAGAGCACAAUUCCAAGUCUGGGCAUAUGAUGUUGAAUAUGAACGCUUGGUCUGCAAUCUUCAGUGGCAUCGUCAUUCUAGCUUCUGGAGAGUUUUUCGAGUUCAUCCAGUUCUUACACAGAUACCCUUCUACCAUAUGGCAUAUAGUUAGUUUUUCUAUAGGAGGAGCUUUUGGACAAUACUUUAUAUUUUUAACCGUUGCGGAAUUCGGCCCGUUAACCUGUUCCAUCAUAACAACAACUAGAAAGUUCUUCACAGUGUUAGGUUCGAUACUUAUUUUCGGUAAUAGCUUGACCAGCAGGCAAUGGUUGGGCACCUUCAUAGUAUUUUCCGGGCUGUUUUUGGAUGCUAUGUAUGGUAAAAACAAGUCGUCCAAGAAAGACGUAGUAAAGUAGGAAAUGAUCGGAAACACAAGAACCGUGGUGGGAUCGUGAGAAACUUUCGAUACGAUAUAUCGCGUGAUACGAUAUAUGCGAUACGCACAUGUGAAUUAUCACGUAGGACUAUGGAAAAGGAUUCGGAAAUUUGAAAAUACAUUGCUGGUAUGUAAGAAUAUACGAACCAACACGUUUCGACAAAUGUCUAUCGUACAACACUUUUUAGUACUUACGAAUGAAAUUUUGGAAAGAAGCAUCAGAUAGAUUUUAAUAUUACGUAUGCUUAUGCAUACACACUCGUUUAUAUUUGUACGUGUGUACAUACGCACCAACGUGUAUGUAAUAAUCUGGUAGCACAUGAUGACAACAACAACGAUAGUCGCGUGUACUCGUUUUACGUACCGCUCCCUCACCUCCAUUAUCCACCUUUUCAUCGACUUUAUUCAUCUGAUCAAUUUAAUUUUCAUAUCGUAUCAUAUCAUAUAUACAAAGC